AUGUUUGGUGCAUUUUCCAAAAAAGCAAAGAAAAAUAAUGACUCGCGAAAUAUCUCUGAAAACGACGAGUUAACAAGCAAGCCCAAUUUCACUGUUGCUAUUAACAAUAGGGCCACUCUCGCUUUCUUUGCGUCAAAGGCUUUACAAAAAGCAAAGCUAAUAACGCCCAAGAAACCUAACAACAAAAGUGAAUCUCAAAAAUACCCUCCUCCCGUAUACGAAUCCCCUCCAAAUACUGCAACAACGUUAGCACCUCAACCUCCGAAUCGUAAAUCUAAAUCUCUGAACGAGGAAUCCAUAAAUCCUCGUCAUGGACACGAACGACGUCCUUCAGAGCCUAGCCGGUUUGAUGGACGCGUUUUACGUAAUUAUAAUACCGAUGCAAAUGUAAAUGACACUCGACGUGCAGAUGGGAGUAGUAGUUCUGCGCGAAAAAAUCAAAAUAAACCCAUCGAAAGAUCUUCGUCAAUAUCAGGUGUUCCAAUUAUUAAGGAGGGAUAUUUGAACAAGAGAGUUGAUUUUGACGUUAAAUCCGUAUCCACUUCACGUAGUUGGAAAGUAUAUCACGUGGAAUUAAAAGGGUCAAAGCUAUAUUUUUAUAAGCCUCCUUCUGAGGCAGUAUUGAAAACCUUUUUUCCAAACAAUAAAGGUUUAAAUACGGUUAAAGAUAUGGCCUCGACUCUUUCGCCUCUCAACGAACGUGGAAUGUACCUUAGUCCAUCGAGUUUUGAAUCAAGUGCUAGUAAAUUAAUUUUCGAAGGGGUCUCAACCAAUUCUGAAAUUGAAAUGAAUUCACCAUUGAUCUCAAAGUAUCAUUAUGGUGAGGUUUGCUAUGAAGUGGAUCGCACUUCAGCUAUGAGGUUUAAAAAACACGUAUGUCUACUUAUAUUUGAAGACAGCGUAGUCAUAUGUAAACGCAAAUGGGUUAGGCAUACGGCCCCAAAUUUACGACCAAUAAUAGGAGUUAUGGGAUUUGGUGGAAAUCACUCACCAACAAAUGUUGCGCCUAGCAAUGAUGCAAGUGGUCAAGACUGGGACACGAAGUCGAUCGGUAGUAUCCGCGGAAUACCUGAUAAUGAUGGCUCCACUACAAAUAAGGGUAAAGGCUACUAUACUAGAUGGAAGUUAGAUGCAUUAUAUUCUAUCCAUAAUAUCGAUGUAAUUCCAGAUCCGAACCUGCCAACUAGUCAUUCACCCUAUAUAGCACCGUCCUCGCAACCGUCACUUUUUACCGCGAGCAAACGAAAUGAUGAUACUUCCUCACUUCGAUCUGUUUCAUCAUCUGUGUCGGCAAUUGCCAAUGUUUCUUCAUCUUCUGGUGCUAUCCUUUAUCUUAAUAUAAUUGAUGGUCACGAAAAAGAUA